CAUUUCCUACUUUGGCGACUUCAUCUUUCUCCUUUUACCCUACCGGGUACCUUUCUUUUUGUUGUCACUAUGGCUAACGCAUCUCCUCCGCCACCCUACUCUUCCUCCUCUUCGUCUGCUUACCCACUGAGGCCUUUAAAGUCCGCUCUCCGGUCGCGCCAGCAAAGGCCCCCGGAAGUACUUGAGCGAGAGCGGAUACUUCUCGCUCGCCUCCAAACCGUUGACCAGCCAAGAGAAAAGCCCAUCCGUGACUUUCUUGCAACACGUUUCUACAAGUUUGUCCUUCUUAUCAUUCAUCUACUUUUCAGCAUAUACCUGAAGUUCCGAUGGGCCUACCACAACAUUCUCAACCGCGGACUCUCCAUUCUUUAUUACCAUCACCGAACGCCACAGUUGAUACAGAAGGAUGUGAAGGAAUUGGAGGAGCGGGGAAAGUUGCCGGAGCAUGUUAGUGUUGUUUUGGAAUAUGAAAGGGGAGGACUGGAUACGCUUAUCGACGAGGUCUCCGAGAUUAGUUGUUGGUGUGCAAGCGCUGGGAUCAAAACCUUGAGUGUUUAUGAGCAGACUGGAAUUCUAAAAUCCUACAUUUCCACAUCUCACCGUUCGAUCUCUCAGAGGCUCCAUAGCUAUUUCGGAAAGUCCCGGCCAAGCAUUCGAGUACAUGCGCCCCCAUUGUCCUCUCUCCACGAACCUGGCGAGGAGGGCAGAGAGGUUGACUUGGAAGUUAUCCUUAUUUCCGAAGAGGACGGUAGGGAGUCGCUGGUUGAUUUGACCAAGACUUUGUGUGAUAUGGCCCAGAGGGGGAAAAUAUCUUCAGAGGACGUUAGCGUUGAAUUGAUUGAUGCCGAAGUUACAGAAAACACUAUUUCCGAGCCCGACUUGCUGAUUUUAUUCUCACCCUCAGUUGUUUUAAGAGGAUACCCUCCAUGGCAAAUCCGGUUAACAGAGAUAUUUCAUGUGCAAGACAACUCAGGGGUUGGCUACCAAGUCUUUCUUAGGGCAUUACAUAGAUUCGCAAAAACAGAGAUGCGUUUUGGGAGGUAGGGCGCCUUGCCGAUUGUCCUCUUCCCCCCUUCCCUACUCUAUCUCGUUCUCUCUUCUUGACUUCUUUUGAGCCGACUGGUUGCCUUUGAGCGUAUAUAUCACAUAUUUUUCCUUUUUUUUCCAUCCAGGAAAUCGUAGGGUGAUUUGGAUUCAUAGACUACGGGCUUUUCAUCUCACUUGGUCUGGUUAAGGGUAGAAUAAUAAGAGCUGCGUGGAUACCGAGGUAUGUGAACGAUUGCGGGAUUUCCGUAGCUUGUAGCCGUCGUGCCAGAGUUAUACAGUACACACAAGCAAUUAGGCUUCUUCGGUGCUGUUUAUAUCCUAGUCCGUCGGUAUUAGUAGAGGGCCUUCCACG